ACUUCACUACAUGAUAGUAUAAUAUAUACUCAUACGAUCGUCUCUAUCUCUUUCCCAUGGCCUCACCACAAGAACUGUCUCUUAUAAUCAGAUCUCAAAGGUUUGCUUGUUGGGAGCACUGAGACAUCAAACAUGACUUCUUCUCUCUUUCAACCUUAACAACUAAUUAACCCUAAAAGUUCCCUUUUACAGUAUCAAUCCCAAAAGUUCCUAGACAUCUCAUCUCUCUCUCCAUUAAUACCCUUCACAAGUAAAAAAAAAGCUUUUGAGCUUUUAUUGGUUAAGGUCCUCUUCAGUUCCUCCUGGAAAAUCUGAGUCUUACCUCGUGUACUUGCUUUUAUCGCGCCCUUCUCCAUCUCCUUAAUUGCAAAUUAAAUCAUUUUCAGGGUUUAAUUAUAAUUAAACUCCAAGAAAAAGAAAAUGGAUAUGAGAAGCCAUGAAAUGAUUGAGAGAAGAAGAGAUGACAAUGGCAACAAUGGUGUUGGUAAUAUCAAUAGCAUUAUUACAAAUGAAGAUAACUGCAACGGUAACAACAACACUCGUGUCUCUUCCAACUCUCAAACCCUAGUUCCCCACCAAUCCAAGUCUUCGCCUUCUUUUUCCAUCUCCACCGUACGGUACCGAGAGUGUCUGAAGAACCACGCGGCGAGCGUCGGUGGAAGUGUAUAUGACGGUUGCGGCGAGUUCAUGCCGAGUGGUGAGGAAGGAACAUUAGAAGCUCUUAGAUGCGCUGCUUGUGACUGCCACCGUAAUUUCCACCGGAAAGAAAACGACGGCGUAGGAAGCUCAGAUGGAAGCUCUCAUCACCGUCAUCAUCACCACCAUCACCAGUACGGUGGAGGGAGAAGACCACCGCCGAGAAACAUGAUGCUUAACCCACUCAUGCUUCCUCCCCCGCCGAGUUACGCGCCGUUGCACCACCACAAGUACGGAAUGAGUCCUCCUGGUGGAGGAGGAAUGGUGACGCCGAUGAGCUUCCCUUACGGCGGCGGCGGAGGAGGAGCUGAGUCGUCUAGUGAAGAUCUGAAUAUGUAUGGACAGUCAAGCGGAGAGAAUGGAGGAGGUGUUACGCCGGGACAAACGGCGUUUUCGAUGAAACGGUUCAGGACGAAGUUCACGGCGGAGCAGAAGGAGAAGAUGAUGGAGUUUGCGGAAAAGCUAGGGUGGAGGAUGAACAAGCAAGACGAAGAAGACCUCAAGAGAUUCUGUGGUGAGAUCGGAGUUAAGAGACAGGUCUUCAAAGUCUGGAUGCAUAACAACAAGAACAAUGCUAGGAAACAACCAACACCAACAACAACAACAUGAACUCUCUAAUGGUGAAGUGAUCAAGUACUACUUAGUUGUGAGAUUAUGUAAGAGAAUCAUCUCUUAAUCUAUUGUUAUCUUUUUGUUUUAGAUGUUAUCUAGGUUUUGUAGCUUGUACGAUUGGAUGAUGUUUUGUUUGAGUAGUUAAUAAUAAAUUAAUAAUAGAGUCAA